UAUUUCUCUGAAUCACAUCGCGUGCUUAAAGAUUAUCUUCAUAGAAUGAUUGAAUAUUCGCAUUGCCAAGAUGGAAUGUAAAACAUGCAUUAUUUAUUUUUGCAUACUAUUUUUAUCACAUAAUGGAAAUUUUAACGCAGUUACUGCAGAAACUACUGCCGAGGAAAUCAAAGGAGAACAGCAGAAGGUUUAUCGCUGGAGACAAUAUGACUAUACAGGGACGGAAGAGAUUGACAUGACGUCAUUAGAAUCAGUGUUUUAUCCUCUUAUACUGACGUCAGAGUUACAUGGAGAUCACGUGGAGAUAACGAUGUCUUACACUGAAAGAAUUACUUCGACACCGUUUUGGCAAAUGAAGUUUGAUGGAGUAUCUUAUACAAUUACUCAAGGAAACGUUGUCAGAAGUGGUAAACGUGUAUCAACGACAAUAGAUCUGCCCGUUUCCUGGAAAAAUUAUCAAUUUCUUGCGUUUAGUUUAUCUUCCGAUAUGGGAAUAUACUAUAUUGAGCUCAAUUAUGACGCCUUAAGUGAGCGUUCUGUCGAUAUGAGUGUUCCGCGCAUGGGAAUGAAAAUGGUGUUGUCAAAAACAUUCAAAAAUGAAGAAUUUCCUGUCAAAUUAGAGAGAGAUUCGUCUGUUAACGAAACUUGCUUCACAUUUUUAGUCUGUAAAGCUUUACUUAGGACUGUUGACAAAGCAAAGGAAGCGGUUGAAAGGUUGCACGGCUUUGGAGUGUACACGAAAAAUAAAACAGAUCAACAGCAGGUGAAUGUCUUUGGUAUCAUGGAUGACUAUCUCGACUACGACUCAGAAGUGGUUGUGUUUUCUUAUUGUUCAAUUGAUGAUAUGGUACCUCCCCGUUGGUACCACACAUUAGGAGUGUUCAAAGACAUCAAAUUAGUUGCGUACACAAGAAGGAAUAGCGAGAAGAACGUAGAUAUGAAAUUUGUUGAGGGGCUUUAUGGAGAAGAAGAUACAAUGAGUGUUGAUGAUAACUUUGCUCACAGAGCAAUUAGCUGCGAGGUAUUUGGUUACCCUAAACCGGUAGUGUCUAUCGAAGACAAAUAUGGAAGGUCUAUUCCAACUGUAAAACUGAAACAGGCCUCCAGCAUGAGUAGUCAUGUUAUUUCCAGCCUUGAAGGGAUACAACUAGAUGAGGCUGUUGGCAAGUACAAAUGUAUAGCCACCUCUGGAAACAGAACAAUUAGCAAGACAAUUGAUGUGAAAAAGAUGAUUAGACCAGAGAUACUAAUGGCGGAAGUUGUUGUUAACAACACUGAAGAGAUCAUUGCAUUUUGUGUAGCAAGAGGACAGCCGGCGCCUAAAGUAAGUUUUUCAGUAAAUUUUGCAAGUUAUACUAAGAUAGAGAAACGACCGCUGCUAGAGGUAGAAAGUACCAUUCAACACUCUACAGUUUCUAGAUAUUCACAGAAAGGCGGUCUAAGUGUUGACAAAUGGUUUGAAUACAAGGCUGAGAGAUGUCCAAAGCCAGAAUAUUUCUCGCAAACGUCAGUUCAGGAACAUCAUGACGUCACAAAGACUAUGAUAGCAGUGAAACCUCUACCAUACCUUUCCAGACACCAAGUUCGUGUUCUAUAUUGUACUGCAGAAGGGUAUGACAACGUAUAUUCUACAACUAAGGUGACCUCAAAAGUCUUUAGUAAAAUGAAGAUGUUUAUGAAAGCGGCGAAAGCAGUAUCAUUCAUGCACGUGUUUGGCUAGAACGAUAUGAUGUUUUAGUACAAGAUUACUAGAUGUAUUUAUUCAAAAUUAAAGAAAUUACUUUGGGACUCUAAUAUAAUGACACUUUAUUAUAUGCAAAUAGUUAAAUGAUGUAUGUAUGUGUUUAAUUAGUAAUUCAAUUGCCUAUGAACGCUAGGUGUUUGAUUUUACAAAUAUCCUCUUUUCAUUUUAAUUCCAGAUAAUGAUUUGAUAUUCACUACUUUAGAGAAAGACCAGUCCGCACUUCCAUGCAUCACUUGUAAAACAUCACUUUAUUAACGGUGUAAGUUCCAAAUUCAACGCAACUGUCUUGCCAGAAGCCAAGUUAUGUAAAAAAUAUCUAUUAUAGUUUUCUUUUCCUAUAUUAUUUCAGGCUGUUACUGCAUCGUGUUCUGUAAAUAUAAAACAUCUUGGAUUGUUAAAAAAAACACACACACAAAACAUAUUUUAGUUUUUUCUUAAUUUUGAUAAAAUUACAUAGUUUAAUUAUUGAUAAUAUAUAAACAUGCUUGCCUUUGUUUACACGAAAUAGGAAUUGUUACAUAAAGAUGAAAUAUU